AUGGGUGGCCAGUUGUGCCACCAGGUGGCCGGUUGUGCCCCCUGUUACAAGCAGACAAUUGUGUCACCCAUCACAGGAGGAGGAAGAGUCGGAAGAAAGGGAAGGAGAAGUUUGCGGUGGUGGAGGAAGCCGAGGAAGGGGGGGAACGGUGCCGCGGGGCGAGCGGCCGAGAUCGAGGGGCUGACACAAGAUGGGUGCCAGGCGCUGGGGCUGCGAGACGUGCGGGGGGCCCUGGCGUGCUUCAGGAAGGCGUUCCUGCUCUCGCUGGGCACCGCGAGCCCCCGGCUCCGCAGGGUUUGCGCCUUCAACCUGGGGGCCGCCUACGUGGAGGCCGGGAAGCCCAGAAAGGGCCUAAAAUUCCUCCUCGAGUCCCAGCCCGCAGAGGGCGACCCCUCGGGGGGGCUUUAUUUCAACAUCGGGGCGGCUGACGAGGGGCUCAGGGACUUCCCAAAGGCUCUGGAGUGUUUUGGCAAAGCGGCCGGGCCGUGCCGCGCCGGCAGCCAGGCCGUGGAGAUGGGCUGCUGCUACCUGGGGAUGCGGGAGCCGGCACGAGCCGCCCGGUGCUUCUUGGAGGCCGCGCGCAGCUACGCGGUGGCCGAGAGCCCCGAGGCCGCCGCGGUGGCCCUGAGCAGGGCGAGCGGCUCCAUGCUGCAGAGCCGGCGGUUCGGGGCGGCAGAAAUCGCACGGAUCCUCACCUGGUGCCGCUCGCUCUGCGACAGCAUCGCCGACCCGGCCCUGCGAGGGAAGCUCUACCACGAGGUCGGCCUUGGCUUCUCCCAGCUCCACGUCUUCUCCCUGGCCAGCGAGAGCUUCGAGCGAGCCCUCGCCCUGUGCCAGGGCACGUCGGGGCGUCGAGGGGAGGCUGCGCUGCUGCAGAACCUGGGCGCUGCCCGCAACGCGCUCCGCAGCUUCGGCACGGCCCUGGGCUUGCACCAGCGAGCGGCGGCGCUGCACGGUGCCAUGGGGAACCGGAGGGCCCAAGGGCAGUGCUUCGGAAACCUGGCGUACGCCUUCAGCCAGCUCGGGAACCACGAGGCUGCCGCAGAGAAUUACCUCCACGCCCUGCAAGCCUUCCGGGAUUCGGGGGAUGUGCAGGGGCAGUGGCAAGCGUGUGAGGGGCUGGGAGCCGCCCGUUUCCACCUGGGGAACCCCCAGAAAGCCGUCGGGCACUACCAGGAGGCCCUGACUCUGCUGUCCCGCUGCCGGGGCACCCCCAGGGCGGCCGGUGAGCGGAUCGUCAGCCAGCUCACCCGCGCCCUCCAGCACCAGCUCUGCCUCCACCAUCACCAUUGGGGUGCCCCGGCGCCGGGACAUGUGCGUGUGGCCCCCAGGCCACCCGAUCCCCCUGCCGGUGCCCUGCAGGACCUCAGCCCGCUGCAGUUUUUCCCCGUGCUGCCCCGUGCCAGUGGGACACGGCUCCGGGGACGCGAGGCAUCCUUCAGGGAGAAAGCUGGGGAUGAGCUGCACCAGCCUGCGCUGGGAGCACAGCCUGGGAUUCCAGGUAAGAGGGUGCGGAACGUGCGCCUGGGAUGGAGCCCCCGUGUCCUGGGUGCUGCAGAGGGAAACGCUGUGUUUGCUCCCACCCUGGCCACGGUCUUGGGAAGAGAGAUUUUCAGAAAGUCAGGCUUCCAGAAAUUGGGGUCGGCCUUUUUCCCCCCUGAUUCGCAAUAA